AUGUCUAUCAAAAUUGGUCUAGUUGUGAAAGGUGCUUCGCAAGGCCUCGGCUUAGGCAACGAAUUUUUAUCUCACAUUCGAGAAGUAGAUUUAAUUUGCCAUGUUCUCCGCUGUUUUCCAAAAAAAGAAAUCGUUCACGUUGAAAAAUCAGUUGACCCCCUUCGGGAUUUUGAAAUAAUUCAAUUAGAACUAAUUUUAGCCGAUUUACAACAAAUAAAAAAAAGGUUAGGGAAAAUAAAAUUAAAAGACGAAAAAACUAAAAAAGAGCAAGAAAUUUUACAACUAAUUCAGAAAGAAUUGGAAAACGGGAAAGCAAUUAACCAAUUAAGUCUAACCGAAGAAGAAAAAGAAAUAAUAAAACCCCAUAAUUUUCUCACUAAAAAACCCUUUUUUUUGCUGGCGAAUUAUAGCGGAGAGGAAAGUGAAAUCCAAAAACUAGAAACUUAUGCCCACCAAAAGGAAUUAGAUUUAUUUCCCCUCGCAAUCAAACUGGAAGGAGAAGUAGAAGAAUUAACCACUGCCGAAAAGGAAGAAAUUGUCGGAAAGGAUGAAGUGAAAAGUUGGUUGGCCGAACAAAAAAUGGAGGCUCGUGCGUGUGCGGGACUAAUUCACUCCGAUAUUCAAAAAAAUUUUAUCAGUGUAGAAGUGUAUAAUUAUACUGAUUGA